CGGAUUAAGUUGUCUCCUCCUGAGCCGAUUCUGCAAUUUAAGAACUUCGAGAUUGGAAUAGUCACCGGGAACGGAAGGGGCGGCAACGGCUGUGGGCACGGUACUGCGACACUGCGGAGAUCAGACCGAUUGCAACCCUACAUCAAAUUAUCCCUGAAUUCUGGCCCCAUUGUUUGUUCCAAAAAAGCCAAAUCGACUGAUCAGAAUUGAUCUACUAAGAAACAGUGUUCUUGGGAAAUAACGACACUUGCUUUGUAAUAAGCGCAAAGAGGUGGCCCCAUUCUUGGGAACAAUUUGCCGCUGCUCGCUACUCUCACUCCUCAAUAGGUUUAGCAGUUUAGGGUGCAAAUUGCCUCUACGACUCUGUCGCUUUCUUUCUCGUAGAUUCAGAGCCAGUUCAAUAGGCUACAGAUUCGAGAACGAGAAUAACCCAGAAUCAACACUACAGGGAGAUAUCUUUUCAGUUUUCAUGGGUGGGAGGGGGACGGGAGAAGAUGAGGGGGAUAUACUCCAGAAGAGAAAAAUGGGAAAGAGUAGGAGAAACGACAAGAAUGUGAAUGGGUCAGUAGAGAAGACUACCGAUUCUAGAGGGGUAACUGAUAGAAGAGUGGAGGACUUAAACUUGGAAUUUAGGAAGGUUGAGAAGAAAAAGAAGAGCAGUAAGGAAAAGGAGAAGGGCUCCAUUGAUUUAGACAUUAGUAAUCUCGUCAAAGAAGUACCUGUUGGUGACAACGAUCAUGUUGGAGACAAGAAUAAGGAGGGGAAGGAGAAGAAGAAGAAGAAAAAGAAGCGAAAAAUGGAGCCUGAGAAGAACAUAGGGUGUUGGGAGGAUGAUAUUGAGUUGAAGCCUACAAAGAAUAUCAAAAAGUUGAGUGGAAACAAGAUGGAAAAUGAUGGUGAGUGCUGUGAUGAUAUGGCUUAUGAUGUUAAAACUAAGGAGCCUCCAAAUGUAUAUUAUCCUGUAAGUGCAGAGAAAAGUGUGGGUAGUUUGGAGGUUCACAAAAAUGAAGGUGUGUCAAUUAAUGCGACAGACUCAGGACUAAUAAAAAUUGAGAGCAGGAAGAGGAAAAAGGAUAAAAGGAACAAGGAUAAAGAAAAAAUUAGUUCCUCGUUGGUUAAUGAUAGAAAAAUGCAAAAAGAUAAUGCAACUAUCGACUGCAAAAGUGCGGGCAAAGAAAAGAGUUCUGACAGCGCAGAAGUUGAAAGGGGUCAACAGAGGGAGAAGAAGAAGAAGCAGAAGAUAUAUGACAAAAUGGACAAGGAUGAUGGUGGCAUUAAGUCUUUGAAAAUGAAAAGCUCUGAUAAAGUUCUUAUUGAGGAUGAGAGAGGUACUGCAAUUGGUAGAGAAAAUUUGGAAGAUAAGGAAUGUGUCGGAGAAGGUAGGUCAAAGAGUCAAGGUCAUGCAGUUUCACAUACUAAGAAGCAGAAGGUGCGUAAUAAGGAGGCAUUUUCUGUGGAGGUGAAGAAAAAUAAUGACCAGAACAGGAAGAAGAAGGCCAAGUCAGUCAAAGAUGUUUUAGUAGAGAAGGCUGAUAAGGGUGAUCGAAGAAGGAAAAGGACAUCUCAAGGUGGCGAUCAUUCCCCAAAUUCUAAGAUUUUGGAGCCGUCAAAGAGAGUAAGGUUUUCAGGUCAUGUAGAGGUCUUCCCUUCACCUGAUGCCACUGAUUUAGUGGAGGAAGAUCAAAAAAGGGAUUUGGUGCAAGGCAAGCGGUUCUCGAGAGAAGAAGAUGAGAUGAUCAAAACUGCUGUUUCAAACUACAUAGAGGAACAUGGAUUGGGGGAGGAUGGUUUAAACAGGAUUUUGCGCUGCAAAUCCGAACCUGGACUUCAUGGCUGUUGGAAAGAAAUUGCUGCUGCCUUACCUUGGAGAACUCACCAGAGUGUGUAUUAUAGAGGGCAUGUUUUGUUUGAAAGGGAUGAUGCGCAUAAAUGGACUGCAGAGGAAUAUGAACUUGUCCGAAGAGUGCAUGAGAAGCAUGGUUCGAAGUGGAGGAUGGUGGCUGAUGUGCUUGGCAAACAUCGGUUUCAUGUGAAGGAUGCAUGGCGCAGAAUAAAGUUGGCCAACCAGAAAAGGGGGCAUUGGUCCCAGGAGGAGUACCAGACUUUAUUUGAUUUAGUGAACAUGGAUUUGCGCAUGAAAGCCUUUGGGGAAAAGAAAUCCAAGCAUGGGAUGUUGCGAGAUAAUAUUAGUUGGGGAGCAAUUAGUGACAAGUUGUCCACUCGAAUCAAUUCAUCUUGCUGCGAAAAAUGGUAUGGCCAAUUAACAUCACCUAUGGUAGCAGAAGGUUUAUGGCAGGAUUCUGAUGAUUAUCGUCUGCUGAUUGCACUUUAUGACUUGGAUGCUUCUUGCAUUGAAGAUGUCGACUGGGACAAUCUUCUUGACCUCAGGUCCGGAGAUGUUUGUAGGAAGCGUUGGAACCAAAUGGUCAGUCACAUAGGCAAGCAUGGGUGCAACUCGUUCGCAGAACAAGUAGAAGUGCUUUCAAAACGUUAUUGCCCAGAAUUGCUUGAAGUGAGAGAGGCCUACGAUAGCAGACCUGUUACUCCAUGAAGUUGUUCAUUAGUCCUUGGCUGCAGCAAGGUGCUUGGUUUGGAGUUUGGUGUGUAUCAAAACACCAUUAAAACAUACAAAUGAGAUCAUGACUAUGAAAACAGAAAACUUGCAAAUGGUAUAUCACAUCCAUGUGACCCUCCUAAGUGAUGGUAAGGUUGAAUUCUACAGGUUUUUGAUACAGAGAAGAGAAUCCACAUUUUUGGAAGGGAAAAUCUUGUCAGGAGGUGUGAAUGAAUAGCUAGCCAGCCAGUGUAACCACUUAUGUAAUCCAUUGUGAAGUGAAUAUUUCAAAAGAUUUUAAUAGAAUUAGGGGCAAUAAUAUAUUAUGGUUAAGACUUCCAAAUUUAAAAGAGAAGUUCGUUCCAUCC